AUGGCUUCCGUCGCUCUCAAAUCUUUCGUCGGACUCCGCCAAACAUCGCCGGAAAAUCACCAUUCCUCCAUCGCCACUCUUUCCAAGCCCAUUUCCUCCAAUCAAAUCCAUUACCGUCGCCUUAAUGUCGUCGCCGGUAAGUCUAGCCCCAAAAUCACUGGCCGUAACCUUCGCGUCGCUGUCAUCGGUGGUGGACCCGCAGGAGGCGCAGCUGCUGAAACCCUUGCGAAAGGCGGAAUUGAGACGAUUCUGAUCGAACGCAAAAUGGACAACGCUAAACCAUGCGGCGGCGCAAUCCCACUCUGCAUGGUCGGAGAAUUUGACUUGCCCUUAGAUAUCAUCGACCGCCGUGUCACCAAGAUGAAGAUGAUCUCCCCGUCGAAUGUCGCCGUCGACAUCGGUCGAACCCUCAAACCUCACGAGUACAUCGGCAUGGUCCGCCGCGAAGUCCUCGACGCUUACCUCCGUGACCGCGCCGCCGCGGCUGGGGCAACAGUAAUCAACGGUCUUUUCUUCAAAAUGGACAAACCAACCGACAAAUACGCACCUUACGUCCUCCAUUACAACGCGUAUGACGGCAAAGCAGGAUCCGCCGGAAAGAGAGAGACUAUCGAGGUCGAUGCAGUAAUCGGAGCCGACGGUGCUAACUCCCGUGUCGCAAAAUCCAUCGACGCCGGUGACUACGAGUACGCCAUAGCGUUCCAAGAACGCAUCAAAAUCCCAGCCGAUAAAAUGCAAUACUACGAAGACCUCGCAGAGAUGUACGUCGGAGACGACGUUUCGCCGGAUUUCUACGGCUGGGUGUUCCCAAAAUGCGAUCACGUGGCGGUCGGAACUGGAACUGUCACUCACAAACCCGAUAUCAAAAAAUUCCAACUCGCCACGCGCCUCCGUGCCCGUGACAAGAUCCUCGGCGGUAAGAUCAUCCGGGUAGAAGCUCACCCGAUCCCGGAACACCCACGGCCGCGGAGACUGGCGGAGAGAGUGGCGCUUGUAGGAGAUGCAGCAGGGUACGUCACCAAAUGUUCCGGCGAAGGCAUCUACUUCGCGGCGAAGAGCGGGCGGAUGUGCGCGGAGGCGAUUGUUGAGGGAUCGGAGAACGGGAAAAGAAUGGUGGAUGAGGCGGAUUUGAGGAAGUAUUUGGAGAAAUGGGAUAAAACCUAUUGGCCAACGUACAAGGUGUUGGAUAUAUUGCAGAAGGUGUUUUACAGGUCGAAUCCGGCGAGGGAGGCGUUUGUGGAGAUGUGUGCCGAUGAGUAUGUGCAGAAGAUGACGUUUGACAGCUAUUUGUACAAGAAGGUGGCGCCGGGGAAUCCAUUGGAGGACUUGAAGCUUGCUGUCAACACAAUUGGAAGCUUGGUUAGGGCCAAUGCCCUUAGGAAGGAGAUGGCCAAGAUUUAA